AUGUUAAAAUACAUCUACUUAUUCUGUAGUUUUAUUAAGAGUGAUUCAGAAGAAGAACUGUAUAUUUCUUUAAUAAAAGAAUGUAUUGAAAAAGGUAAUGUUUCAGACGAUAGGACAGGUGUGGGUGUAAGGUCAUUAUUUGGAAGAGUGUUAAGAUUUUCACUGGCUGAUAACACCAUACCAUUAAUCACUGUUAAAAGAACUAACCAUGCUUUUGUAUUAAGAGAGUUGUUGUUAUUUAUUUCGGGUAAAACCGAUAAUAAAAUUCUAAAAGCUCAAAAAGUUCCUAUAUGGAAUAAAAAUACAACUAAAAAAUUUCAUGUUGAGAACAAUACAGAUUUAGAAGAAGAUGAUAUGGGUGCAAUCUAUGGAUGGCAAUGGCGACAUUUUGGUGCAGUUUACGAAACAUGUCAUACUGAUUAUACCAAUCAAGGAUUUGAUCAGUUUAAAUACAUAUUAGAAACAAUUAAAGAAAAGCCUUAUUCAAGAAGACUAGUUGUAACAGCAUGGAAUCCUUCACAAUUCACUAAAAUGGCAUUACCACCAUGUCAAGUCUCUUUUCAGUUUAGAAUAUAUGAUGGUAAACUAAGCUGUAGUGUAAAUAUGAGAAGUGUUGAUCUUUGUGUAGGAUUGCCAUUUGAUAUUGCACACUUUGCUUUUCUUACUAACAUUGUAGCUAAAUUAACUAAUACUGUGCCCCAUGAAUUAGUUAUGUUUUUAAAUGAUUGUCAUGUUUAUAACAAUCAUAUUGAAAUAAUAGAACCAGUCCUUUUAAAAAAACAAUAUCAAUUUCCCAAACUUAGGUUGAAAGAUAAAGAAUAUCUUUCUUUUGAGUCUUUCGAAUUUGAAGAUUUUAUUAUAAAAGACUAUAAAUUCAAUGAAUAUGUAAAAUUGGAAGUUAAUUAA